ACCGUUUCAAAGCCGAUUCAGUUUUUGCAUGACACUGCAAGCCGCAAUGGCGCUGUCGAACGGCUGCUCGUGCAGGAUCGGGCCUUCGAUUCUCAACGCAGACCUAUCCGACUUAGCUUCCGAAUGCAAAAGGCUGAUGGACUGUGGGUCUGAUUACUUGCAUCUUGAUGUGAUGGACGGGCAUUUUGUGCCUAAUCUUACAUUUGGACAUCCUGUGGUCAAAUGUUUGCGACCGAAGCUUCCUGGGGUCUUUAUGGAAAUGCACAUGAUGGUGGAGAAACCCGAGACGUGGGUUGAACAUAUGGCCGACGCAGGUGCAGACAUGUACACAUUUCAUUAUGAAGCUACACCUCAUCCUGAAAGAUGCAUAAGAAAGAUUAAAGAGGCGGGAAUGAAGGUUGGUUUAGGAAUCAAUCCACCCACUGAUGUUAGUGUGGUUCUGCCGUACAUCGACAUGGUCGACCUUAUUCUUGUAAUGACGGUCAACCCCGGCUUUGGUGGUCAAGCUUUCAUUUCAGAGUGCCUUCCCAAGGUCCAAUUUUUAAGGGACAGGUAUAGGAAUUUAGACAUUGAAGUUGAUGGGGGUGUGGGGCCAAGCACAAUUCAGCAGUGUGCUGAUAAUGGAGCUAACGUGAUUGUGUCUGGAAGUGCUCUUAUUCGACACAACAAUCCAAGGGAGGCAAUCCAGUUCAUGCGCAAUACGGUGGACGAAGCUAUACAAAGGAGUCACUUAGAGAGAUAAUUGAUUUGGAAGACCUCGAGAACAAAGUUUCAUAGCUACAGAGCGAUGUAUCUAGUUUGGUCAGAUUUAUAUCAGUCUCUGACUGAAGUUUUGACCAGCAACCAGCAAGAUCUUUCUGCUGUAAAGAAUUGAUUUUUGAAUAAGAGAAAUGGGAAUAACCUUGUUGUUGGAAGGCUUUAUUUUGAUGAUUUAAUAUAUUUCUUAAAAUUAUUGUAUUGGUCAUCGUACAGUUUUUGAAAACUGGGUUUGUCAUUCUCUGUCUCAACCAGAAACUAAUUGCUUUGUAGGAAAUUUGAAAGAAAUUUGUUGCUCUUUAGCUUAGUAGCUCAUUUAAGUGUAUGGUAUUUGCAAAGAAGAUAUACAAUUCUGGAUUUCAAAUGAUCAAUAUGAAUGUGCUCAAUAAAUUGAGCAAUAUAACUUAUUUCAUUUUACAAAAUUAAAGUAUUGGAUGUGUAUGCAUUGUUUUACCUGCUGCAUGUGGUACAAAAUUUAAGUAAAACUUAAGUUUCUUUUCCCUUCUGCUGCUUUAGUAUUUUAUAUUUUCUUGCCUUUCUUUAAGUGAUAACUCUGCAUAUUAGAGUAAGCAGAAUAUAAUACUCUUCCAUAGAAAUAAGACUUCAUAUAAUGUGGACAGAAACUUUAAGAGGCUGCAAUCUAAUCUGUGCACAUUAUGUUGGUGCUUUGAUAACAAAUGUUUGUCAUGCUGGCAGGUUGAGUGACUAAUGGGAGCUAUUUUACACAGGUGGGAGCUAAGUAUUUUUUCCGGCAGUGCACCAUUUUGUUUACUGAUGAAGUUUUGAGCCUUAAACAAAUUUUAUUUUACCUUUUGUUUGUAGUUUUAUCAGUACUUUCAUGAUCACAUGAUGUACGUAGAUGAGUCUGGUGGGGUCCUGCAUUUUAUUUCCUGUAUAGGGAUUCAAAUGAGAAUGGCUUUUGCAAAUGAGGACUUGUCUGUCACCUUGAACUUCAUUUGUAGAUAGGAUUUCAAUAAAAUGAUCUAUAUAAA